CGCUUGCCACACUGGAUUGCCUCUCCAUUGAUGACACGUACAACCCUAUUGGCGAACCCAAAACCCUAGAUCGAUCUAACCACAAAGAAAACCCUAAAAACUUAUUUCUACCCAGCAACUCAAUCUUCACGUCCAGCCGCAGUUAGCCCCAUUACAGUUCAGACCGAGAGACGCGAAGAUGAGUCGAGGCACAGGAGUGGGAGCCAAGGGGAAGAAGAAGGGAGUGACGUUCGUGAUCGACUGUGCGAAGCCGGUGGAGGACAAGAUCAUGGACAUUGCUUCACUCGAAAAAUUCCUCCAAGAGAGAAUCAAGGUCAGCGGCAAAGCCGGUGCGCUCGGCGAUGUCAUCUCCCUCACCCGCGACAAGAGCAAGAUCACCGUCACCUCCGACGCCAGCUUCUCCAAACGGUAUCUCAAGUAUUUGACCAAGAAAUUCUUGAAGAAGCACAAUGUGAGGGAUUGGCUUCUACAUGGCAUAUUGUGGUUCUACAAUAAUAAACAUGCUACUCUAUCUUGUGCCUAAUAUUUUCAAAAGGAGAUAUUAUAAUAGUUUAUGGAACGGCUAUUUGCAUUGAGGCUAUCCCUUAAUCGGCACAAAAAUAUAUGAUUUUUCUUAUGAUAGUUUAUGGAGAGGCUAUUUGCAUCGAGGCAAUUCCAUAAUCGGCUCAAAAAAUAUAUGAUUUUGCUUAUGAUAGUUUAAGGAGAGGCUAUUUGCAUUGAGGCGAUCCCAUAAUCGGCUAAAAAAAUAUUCGAUUUUACUGCUUGUAUUUGUAUUCCGCCUAUAUACAUGACUAUAUCAAGAAACGGGAGAUGAGUUGGUGUCUCAGGAUUGGAGUGAAGUAACCAUUAUUUGCUCAUAACAUAGAUUGUUUUUGAAGCUUUUAUAAUUUCAGCUUCUCUUUAAGAUAUUGGUCUUCAAUCCACCUUGGUAAUUUUUUGCUAUUUGAUAUUCGCUCUCUCUAAUCUAAUCGAAUUUUUGAUGAUCAUUGUAGGCUUGGCUUUGCCACCAUCUUUCUCUUUCUUAAUUUAUUAUACCAUUUUAUGCCCACAAAAAUCUAGAUCUCGUUGGUUACCUUUUCUUUUCCUUUUUUUUUU